AGUAUAAAGAAAGACUUUCUUUUUGUUAUUUUCAGUGCUUGUGUAUAAACAUACUUUGGUAACAUGUUAAGUUGAAUGAAAUUUCUUUAUCACAUUCAGCCACAUUGUAAUUUCAAUUAAAAAUAAAUACAUUGAUGACAAAAUAAAUUCUUCAAGAUGGGGUAACACCAGUGACAAAUUGACCAAAAUAUUGCAUUUUAUGUUAAAAUAGAUUCAAAUCUAUUUGGAAUUAAGCUCUCUAUUUUGCAUAUUUGGUAAGUGGAGUUGUUAAUAGACAUUUUAAGGUUGUUUAUUUCUGGAACAAAUUAAAUAUAUAUUUUUUAAAUGUAUCAACUUGAAUUCCCACUCCAAAUGGAGAAUGGCCCUCAUACAUGCGUCUGCUCUUAUUACUUUAUAGAGGAUAAACCAACACGAGAGAUACUGGUUCUGUUGCCAUGGUUGCCAGUUUGUUUUCGGAGCGAUAUACCAGAUCCGGUUUAUGGAGAGACUACCUCUUCCUGUCUCCACUGUUAAAUCAGAUAAUCACUGUAAUCCGCUAGAGGGAGCCCGCGAGUGAGUCCAAAAUGAAUGGGAGUGUAUAGAGCUAAACGGCUAAAAACUCAAAUAAAAAUAGUAACGAACUACUUGGACAAGAUAUUAAUUUAAAUUUAGAAAUUAGCAUGAUGUAUUUGUCUAAGAAAGUAUAGAUAACUUAGCUAUACGUUUCAGUUUUUCUUCAGUAAACGGUUUUACGCAGUAAAGGCGCUAGCAUUGCUGCUACUGUGAGCUGACCGGCGGGUGAGCUGGUGUUGGAACUGCAGUCAGAGCGUGUUUAAAAGGUUUAUAACUGGAGUUUAAAAGCUUUAUACAUUAUUCUUGCGACACCGGAACAUGUGAUAUUGUUCUGUGUUGAGGAAAUGAGUAUAUUUUUCAGUAUUAAUAUGAUGAAAUAUUUAUAAACUAUGAUUUAUAUUGAACCCAUUGAUUUUAAACUCACAGGGGAGCGCCCCCUGGUUGUCAGACAAAGCCUACAGCGAUACUGAAGUGGGAAAUCUCUUCAUUAUUAGAGUUUCUCUGGCUGAACGUUCUUACUGAGCUAAGUUGAGCUGAUCUCCUGCAGGAUCUGCUUAUUAUUUAUAGAGGAUUUUUAUAAUCAGAGGGCUGUGGAGGUUCUGUGCUGAUGGAUAACAGCGGUAUAAUAGAUUUCUCGGCGCUGGAGAGGGAGCUGCAGGCUGCGGUGGAGGCGGAUGAGAAAUAUCACAGAGAAAACGAGGCGAAAUUUCGCGCCGUUCAGCAGAAUGUGGCGACUUACGAGGAGUUCAGAGAUAUAGUUCUGGCAUCCCACCUGAAGCCCCUGGAUAAACAGGACAAAGCUAACGCUCCCCGGAAGCAGCCAUGGAAUCCAGUCUCUGCAGGGAAUAAAGAGAGAACUGCUCCCACACCUGAGAUCAUCCAGACUGCUCUCUCCGACUUCCAGCCGAGGACCUCAUCAGAGUUCAUGCGGGACUGGCGUAGGCUUGAUGGAGGUUCUCUGGAGAAGUAUGGUCUCCUCCUCAGGCUGGGUGGAGGAGUGUUGCAGGGUGUUUUCAGUGCCGAGGUUGGCUUUGGUCUUCUGGGAGAGUUCCUGGUCAUCAUUUCCGAGUGUCUUCAGUCGGGGGACGAGGCAGCAGUGAUUGGACUACUGGAAGGUCUUUCAAAAACGGGCCGUUUUGGUCUGAACGUAUCGCUCCUGAGCAAGGCCGAGAAAGAAGCAUGCAGGGAGCUGUUCUGUAGGCUGUGGAAGACAGUAGAGGUGGACUGUACAAGCCAUCAGAUCCAGGACAAACCUUCUGAGGAAUCUAAUAGACAUCACAUCAUCAAAUGUCUAAUGGACAAGUAUGGCAUUUGUGAGAUUAUGUCAUGAACAUUUGUUUUUUAUGAGCCAAGACUUGCCAGUUAUGUUAAUGGAGAUAUUCCUGCUCAAUCACUCUUGGUUCAACUUAAACCCUUUCAACUCAAAUGCUAUAUUUAGGAGAUGAUUGGACACAGGACCAGAGCUGAAGAUUCCCGAUAGAGGUCUGAUUUACUGUAAACACUCUUUAAAGUGAUUGUUUGG